CACGUACCGGUAAACAAAACAAACCCCUUCCAAGGCAAUAUGGUACAGGAGCUCGGUUAACUACUUUUGAAGAUGAUGGCUAAACGAUGUUAUAGAGCAAUACUCAGAUAGCAAAUGGAGAUCGGACGGAAAAUGUUGAGAACUUUCGUUAUAGCCGUUUUAGUAGCCUGCGUCAAUGGAUCUCCGAAAAAGGGCGUCUCCGCAUAUGCUCCACAGAUGCUGUGUAAUGAUUACAAAGUACUCGGCAACGUGUCUUGGUGGUACGACUGGUCUAAAAACCUCGACCGCUAUAACACAAGGGUGUCACAACACUGCCCAUCCAGCAUUGUUCCGGCCCCAGAGCACGUGCCGAUGAUCUGGACAAUAUGGAAAAAUGGUACCCAUCCGACACUCACACCGGGAGCCAAGUACGUCUUAGGCUACAACGAACCCGACCAUGCAGACCAGGCGCACUUGACCCCGAAACAGGCCGCGGAUUUCUGGCCAGAAGUUGAGCGGUUGGCGGCGGGGCUCCCCCUGAUUUCGCCAGUAACGGCCGGAAAGAACUUCCCUUGGCUGGACGAGUUUUUUCGCCUUUGCCACAACUGUCGCGUGGAUUAUAUCGGCGCUCAUAUGUAUAGCUGCAGCGCGGACAAUAUCAUGCACUUCCUUCAGCAGCUGCACAACCGCUAUCACAAGAAGGUUUGGCUCACAGAGUUUGCGUGUCCCCACUCGUGGGACGAGAACGCUCAGCUUCACCUUAUGCAGACAUUGUUACCCAGACUGGAGGCUGCAAACUACGUAUACAGGUAUGCGUGGUUUGAGGCACGUAUAAAGCACCAAUUUGGGAAUGGCUUUGUCACUCCCGCGGCAAGCCUUCUACACAACAACACUGCAACGCUGACCAAGAUCGGGCGUUUCUACAAUGACUUCGAACCCAGUGGUUCCACGCAUAUUGUUGGUUAAUAUAAAACGUGCGUCAUGAAAGGGCUAAAUAUUAAUAAAGCUUUAUAUGUG